AUGAGCCGAGCAGUGCUACAGGUCUUCGAAGAGUACCAGAAGGCGCGGGUGACCUUCGUUCAGACCGUGGCCGACCUUGCGACCAGGCCGCAGAACAUCGAUGCCUUGACGAAUGCUGGAGUGAUGGCGCUCCUCAGGCCACUGCUGCUGGACUCCGUGGCCUCGAUCCAGCAAUCUGCGGCCCUGGCUUUGGGUCGGAUGGCCAACUAUUCGGAAGAGCUCGCCGAGUCGGUGGUGACUCACGAGAUCUUGCCACAGCUGGUAUACUCCCUAGCGCAGCAGAACCGUUUUUACAAGAAGGCUGCUGCGUUUGUUUUGCGGGCAGUCGCGAAGCACUCGCCGCCUUUGGCGCAGGCCGUCAUCGAUUCGGGCGCCCUGGAGGCUUUGGUCAUGUGCUUGGAGGAAUUUGACCCCACCGUCAAGGAAGCUGCAGCUUGGGCUUUGGGAUACAUCGCGAGGCACAGCAAAGACCUGGCGCAAAGGGUCGUAGAUGCUGGUGCCGUGCCUCUCCUCGUACUCAGUUUCCAGGAGCCUGAACUGACCCUGAAGCGCAUCACUGCCUCAGCUCUGAGUGACAUCUCGAAGCACAGCCCGCAGCUAGCACAACUGGUGGUGGAUGCAGGCGCCGUGACACUCCUCACCAAGGAAGUUUCGAACAACGAUGCCCCUCUGAAGCGGCAAGUCUGCUCAUGCUUGUCGCAGAUAGCCAAGCAUUCUGUCGACCUCGCGGAAGUCGUUGUCGAGUCUGAGAUCUUCCCAACGAUUCUGCACUGCUUGAAGGAUGUCGACGAGUCUGUCCGGAAGAAUGCUGCCACCUGUAUUCGAGAGCUUUCCAGGCAUACCCCAGACUUGGCCAAGCUGAUUGUAAAUGCUGGAGGAAUCGCUGCGAUGGUCGAUUUCGUAAAUGAAGCUCGUGGGAACUGCAGAUUGCCGGGCAUCAUGACCUUGGGCUAUGUGGCUGCUUUCUCCGAGACGCUGGCAUUGGCCGUUGUGGUUUCGAAAGGAGUCCCUCCCUUGAAGGAUGCGCUCAUCAGCGAACCGGAGGAUCAUGUCAAGGCUGCGGCCGCGUGGUCACUGGGCCAGAUAGGCCGUCACUCCCCGGAUCAUGCGAGGGCAUUGGCCGAGGCAGACGUGCUGCGGAGGAUGCUUGCUGUGUACCUUCACCAGGACUCCAGUGAGGAUCUGCAGAUCAAGACCAAGCGAGCCCUGAAGAGCAUCAUCCAGAAGUGUACGCACCUGCCAGCUCUCGAGCCGCUUAUCGACUCCCCACCGAACAUCUUGAAGUAUGUAAUCCAGCAAUUUGCUAAAGUCUUGCCCAACGACAUAGACGCCCGGCGGGCUUUCGUGCAAUCCGGCAGCCUGCAGAAGGUGCAGGAGGUUGGCGCAGAAACAGGGUCCAAGCUGCAGGAUUUCAUCGACUCCAUCAACAUGCUCUAUCCUCCAGAGAUUGUACAGUAUUACUCUCCGAACUACGCGGACAAGCUGCUGUCUAAGAUGGAGGAGUUCAAUCCGAGUGGUUAA